AUGCACAAAUGGCUUCGACAUGUCAAAAAGUAUUCAACUGUAGUUCCUGAUUUACAAGUAGACAACAUCAUCAUUGGCGGUGGUGUUGUCGGUUUAGCCCUGGGUGAAAAGUUGACAAGAGAGAGACCGAUGGAGACGACGUUUGUUGUAGAGAAAAACAAACUGAUAGGACAAGAGACAAGUUCGAGAAAUAGUGAAGUGAUCCAUGCUGGUAUCUAUUACCCAGAAGAGAGUUUAAAGACAAGACUCUGCAUCGAGGGAAACAGAAAGAUGUACAAGCUAUUGGCUCAGAAAGGAAUACCACAUAAGCAGAUUGGUAAAUGGGUCGUUGCGCAGGACGCAACUCAAGAGGCGUACCUGAAGCAGCUUCAUGCCAAGGCUACCCGAUUAGGCGUGCCUACAUAUUUCCUUAGUUUGGACGAAGCCAAACGUCAGGAACCUCAUGUUCAUAUUGGUCGUGCUGUCCUUGUGUCGCCAUCGACAGGUAUUCUAGACUCGCAUGCACUGAUGGGCUAUUUAGAGCAGAACGUCGCGGUCGCCUUGGCAACUGAAGUUAAGGCCAUUCGUCCUCAACAGCCAGGGUACCUCUUACAGCUAGUUACUAACCAGACCCAGUCAUGGGUUCUGGCUCGACGCGUCUUUAAUGCUGCUGGACUUCAUGCAGAUAAAAUCGGCCAGAUGCUUCAGUUGCCUUAUCGCUUGUACUAUGCCCGUGGACAUUAUUAUCGCUCAACUGACACUCAGCUGCAAGUGAAUCAUCUCAUCUAUCCUUGCCCUGAAAAGAAUCUCGCCGGUUUGGGCACUCAUCUCACACUCGAUCUCGCUGGUCAUCUCAAAUUUGGCCCUGACGUACAGUACAUUGAUGAUCCCUAUGACUAUCAAGUGCCAGAGGACGAGGCAAAGAAAGACGCUUUUGUCAAGGCCAUUCAAACCUAUUUACCGUCACUUAAUCCAGAAAAGCUGCAUCCUGAUUACUCUGGUAUAAGGCCAAAACUUGCUGGACCAGGUGAGCCGUUUAGAGAUUUUAUCAUCAAGGAAGAGCGUGAGGCAAACUUGGAUAACUUUUUUACACUGAUGGGUAUUGAAAGUCCUGGGUUAACAUCUUCACUUGCAAUUGCAGAUUACGUUUAUGAAUUAAUAAGAAAAUGA